AUGACUGCCGAUGGUCCGAAACUCGGCUUCUUGGGCAACAUCAACAAGGAUCAGGAGGCGAGAUUACAAGAUCUUUGGUCCAUUUUACUCAAGGCAGUUGAAAUAUCCCUAAGCAAUGAACCUAUCGAUGGCUUUGUGGAGGAGCCUUUCAGUCCCACUCAAUCCCAGAGACGGCUGUCGCUCCUUAGCCGCACACAGAGCAAAGUCUCUGAAAAGCCUACCCCGACCCCGAAUACACCAUAUCACCAAAACAGUAUGACAUACCUUGGAGAAAUAGGGGCUGGUAUGGCUGAAUCCCAUGCAAUCAAGAAGGCCCUCUCGGAAAUCUCACCUACUGAGCUUCGUACCGGAGUACUCGACACUCUCAAACACGACCACCCCGAUGCCGUGCUUUUACGCUUCCUCCGCGCACGCAAAUGGGAUGUUCCCAAAUCCUUUGCAAUGAUGGUGGAAGCAGUUGUUUGGCGGCUCAAGGAAAUGCACGUAGACGAAGAUGUGAUGGCAAAGGGAGAGUUACAUGCCCUCAAGCAGACGCAGAGCGAAUCCAGCAUGAGCGAACGAAAAGCCGGAAAUGACUUCUUGUCGCAAAUACGCAUGGGAAAGAGUUACGUGCAUGGUGUUGAUAGGGCUGGCCGCCCAAUCGUGGUGGUGAGAGUCCGAUUGCACAAGCCUGGGGCUCAGAGUGAAGAAUCAUUGGAGCGACAUAUUAUUCAUUUGAUGGAAUCGGUGCGGCUCACAAUGGCUGCUCCGAUUGAGACCGCAGCUGUUUUAUUUGAUAUGACGGGCUUUAGUCUGUCCAAUAUGGGAUACCCUGUCUGGCCUGUCCUGCUACUUCUUGGAUCCCUUGCAACUCACCACUUCAACAUUCUAGGGAUUUGGCGACUCAUUCGAGGUUUGAUGGAUCCAGAAAUUGCAGCCAAGGUCGAGUUCACGAACAGUGUCGCCGAGCUCGAGAAGUUCAUCCCCCGUGAUCAGAUCGCGGAAGAGAUGGGCGGUGACGAGAAGUGGUCAUAUAAAUACAUUGAGCCCAACUCCACUGAAAACUCAAGGAUGGAUAAUACUACGAUACGAGACGCCUUGAAACGCGAGCGACAAGCUAUUUGUGAAGAGUUCCUUGCUGCUACAUCUGGGUGGAUUGAGGCGACUAAAUCAAAGGACGUGAUGAAUCUUUACUCCAGCGAAAGCGAAAGGGCCUAUUUAGCUGAGCGACUGCGCGUCAACUACUGGAAACUUGACCCCUAUUCUCGGGCUCGUCUUCUCCUGGACCGAACAAAUAUCAUUCAGGAUGGUGGCAAGAUUGAAUUUUAUCCUAAGAAGGCUCCUAUGGAAAGUGACGUUAGAACAACCAAGGCACUGGACAUGAAACAUUUAGAGCGGGUUGAGGAUGUUGUUCUAGCCAUGCUGUCGUAG